AUGAAGAACAAGGUACACAACCCCCAAGUUUCCGGAAAGGAGUUCCCGUGUCAGCAUCCUGGCUGUGGCGCGACGUACCAACGCAGAGAGCACUUAAGUCGUCAUGAGGCGCAACACUUUGGGCAGCGAUCUUUCGAUUGUUCAUUUUGUGGCCGUCAUUUUGGGCGAAGCGACACUCUCCGUCGACAUGUGCGACAACGUCAUAAAAUCAACGAACCUCUUUCGCGCGCCCUGAAAGCCUGCACAAAUUGUCGAACCAUCAAGGCGCGAUGUGAAGGAGGGCCCCCAUGUAGCGAGUGCCUACGUCGCCAAGUCACCUGCUCUCUCAGUCAGCAGGACGAGAUGACCAAAAGCAAUACUCCUCUUGAUUGGGUACACCCAGCACCUAUUCUGAAGCCAAAAUAUCCUUUUGAUCUGGAAAAGUCUCCAUCCGAGAAAGAACGACAGGGUAUCGAGUUAUACUUUGAGUCAUUUCACCCUCAUUGGCCUUUUAUUCACCAAGGGUCAUUCAAUGCAAAUUGUGAAACACCUCUUCUAGUGCAGGCAAUGGUUGCCAUUGGCCUAUGGACAAGCGGGGACCAGAGCGCACAGGCUAUUGCAGUGGACCUUCAUGACGUGUUGAACAUAGCAAUACUUCAGCAAAAGGAGAAAUGGGAUGCUUCUACAGCAGAAGAUGCGUGUAGCUCAUGCUUCUGGCCUAUUCCAACAUAUCAGGCCAUACUAUUACACAUCAUGUUCUCCAUAAUGGCCACAGCUGGCGUUCGAAUUGGACUUGACUUGAAACCCACUCUUUCAUCUGAGGGCAUGCAUCUACUCGAGCCUCUUAUCCUUAGUUGCAAAAGGUUAGGCAUGUUAUAUUAUCCUAACAUGCUUGCUCGAUACGAACCAAACGUUUUGCUCUCUUAUGCCUGGGUUGGUAUAGAGGAGGUUAAGCGGUUUAAUCUUGCUCUCUACAAAGUUUGGAACACUCUAGGCUGUAGUAUUGAGAGGGAAAAAGCCUCUGAUACUGCUGGUACCGCAGGUCAGGUGCUCAGUGCUUGCGACUUACAGUUCCCAUUGCCGACAAAUGAUUCUUUAUGGAAUGCAGUGAGUGAAAACGAAUGGAUGUCUGCCGCUAGAGAGGAUGCGGAUACCCUUAGCCUGCAUGACAAGAUGGAGCAAAGAUGGAUUUCGAGAUCCGCAAGUUUGUUGCGGGCCGUUAAAUAG